CUCUCAGCUAAGUACACAUAUAUACAUUAUACCAACGAACGCAAGUCAUGUGAUACCUCGCGAUCAGCGCUCAUAUCAAGUCUCGAUCAAGUUAUCGAGCAACAGGCAGUUCCCGUAUCGCGACUCAAAGCUUAGACGUUUGAACUAGGUGCUCUAAUAAGUGUUGUCUCAAGACACGCGUUUAAUCAAAGGAGGUGAAUAAAAAACCGCCUCAACAUGGGGGCGAUGUUCAGGAGUGAGGAGAUGGUUCUAACCCAACUUUUCAUCCAGCCAGAAGCAUCCUACUUUGUGAUAUCGGAGCUUGGUGAGACAGGUUGCUCACAAUUCCGAGAUUUGAACGAAAACGUGAACGCCUUCCAAAGAAAGUUCGUCAACGAGGUGCGACGAUGCGACGAGAUGGAAAGAAAAUUGAGAUACAUCGAAGCCGAAGUAAGAAAAGACAACGUAAACAUUCCUGAUGUUAGAGAAUUUCCAAAAGCGCCGAAUCCAAGAGAAAUCAUCGAUUUGGAGGCCCAUUUAGAAAAGACAGAAGGCGAGAUAAAAGAACUGAGCGAGUCUGCCGUCAACUUGAAAUCCAACUUUCUGGAACUCACCGAGCUCAAACACGUCUUGGAGAAAACCCAAACGUUCUUUAACGAGCAAGACGAGGCGGCGACAAGCUUUUCGGACUCUGCCCACAAGCAACUCAUUCCCGAGGAAUCCGCUGUCGGAGGGUCGAUCAGAGGAAGAUUGGGAUUCAUCGCCGGGGUCAUCAACAGAGAGAGAGUGCCGGCCUUCGAGAGGAUGCUGUGGAGAAUCUCCAGAGGAAAUGUGUUUUUGAGACAGGCGGAGAUUGAGAAGCCUAUGGAGGAUCCCACAACGGGAAAUGAACAUUACAAAACAGUAUUCGCUGCCUUUUUCCAAGGUGAGCAGCUCAAAACAAGGAUCAAGAAAGUAUGUGCUGGCUUCCACGCGUCUCUGUACCCAUGUCCCAGUACACUGCCCGAAAGGAACGAUAUGUUGAAAGGAGUUAGAACCAGGCUUGAGGAUCUCAACAUGGUUUUAAAUCAAACUCGAGACCAUCGUCAACGGGUACUGGUUAGCGUGGCGAAAGAACUGCAGAAUUGGAGCAUUAUGGUCAGCAAAAUGAAGGCGAUUUACCAUACUUUGAACUUCUUCAACAUGGACGUCACCAAGAAGUGCCUUAUCGGAGAAUGUUGGGUGCCAUCAAAUGAUAUUCCAGUUGUACAAAAGGCACUUGCAGAUGGCUCAAGUGCGUGCGGCAGCUCAAUUCCAUCAUUCCUGAAUGUAAUAAAUACAAACGAAAAUCCGCCAACAUUCAACAGGACUAACAGAUUCACCAGAGGUUUCCAGAAUCUUAUUGACUCUUAUGGAGUCGCUUGCUACAGGGAGGCAAACCCAGCACUAUACACAAUAAUAACAUUCCCGUUCCUCUUCGCGAUAAUGUUCGGCGACUCCGGCCACGCAUUGAUCAUGUUCUUCUUCGGCCUGUGGCUCGUCCUGGACGAAAAGAAGAUCGGCGCUCAGAAGAACAAGAGCGAAAUAUUCGCAAUAUUCUUCGCCGGUCGAUACAUCAUCCUGCUGAUGGGCGUCUUUUCCUUCUACACCGGCAUCAUCUACAACGACAUAUUUUCGAAAUCGCUGAACAUUUUCGGCUCCAAAUGGGAAAUCGUGAAUCAGACCGAUCUUCAAGGAGAGGCGUACGAAUUGAUACCCAGGACGAAUUAUAAAGAGACGCCGUACCUUUUUGGAGUGGAUCCUAUCUGGCAGAUGGCUAAAAACAAAAUCAUAUUUUUGAACUCGUUCAAGAUGAAGCUCUCCAUCAUUUUCGGUGUUGUACACAUGAUAUUCGGAGUUUGCGUAAGCGUUGUCAAUUUUGUGCAUUUCAAAAGGUACUCCAGCAUUUUUCUAGAAUUCCUUCCGCAAGUAAUGCUACUGUUAUUCCUGUUUUUGUAUUUGGUGAUAAUGAUGUUCAUGAAAUGGAUCAUGUUCUCAGGAACUUACGAUGACCAAGUUACGCUCGCAAACCCCGUGAACGUCCACGGCAGUUCCUGCGCACCUUCAGUCCUAAUCUACUUCAUCAACAUGAUGCUGAUGAGCAAAACUGUACCGCGCGAGGGCUGCGAAACGUACAUGUACCCCGGUCAGGGCAGUGUACAGUACUUCUUAGUCGCCGGGGCCUUGAUUUGCAUACCGUUCAUGUUGCUGGGAAAGCCUAUUUAUAUCAUGAUGAGCAGGAAGAAUCACAAACAGCCUCCCGCUGUUACAAAUAAAACGAACGGCGACGUGAACCAAGGAAUGGAGUUGGAGGAAGUGUCAGAAAACCACCAAGGAGACUCGUCGCACCAUGAAAAAGGGGAAGAGGAGGAACCGAUGAGUGAAAUCUUCAUUCAUCAAGCCAUUCACACAAUUGAGUACACGUUGAGUACGAUUUCACAUACGGCGUCGUACCUUCGACUUUGGGCAUUGUCCCUGGCGCACGCACGUACGUAUCUGUCGUUUCUUCCAUUCGUUGUUUCGGUUUUACUUUUCAAUAACAGAUAGGCUAAGUUACCAUAACAUUUUUAUAGAGGAAAACGACCAAAAUCGGACCCCCAUUUACUUUUAUUGAUUUGCUACUAUUUACACUUGACAAUGGACUUUCAGAACGGUCCGAUUUAGGUCAUUUUCCUCUAUUGCUGCUUUUACUAAAAUUUCCUCUAACUGGUAUUCGCUCAUUUCCAUUCUAACUCUACUAACAGCUUCUAUCUAACCCUAGAACUGUCAGAGGUGCUUUGGAUGAUGAUCUUCCAAAAAUCCUGAUGUUCGCUCCUCGUUUCGGGUACUACGGCGCACCAUUGAUCUUCGUUACGUUCGCCGUAUGGGCCGCGUUCACGAUCGCCAUUUUGGUGCUGAUGGAAGGAUUGUCGGCUUUUCUGCACACGCUUAGACUGCAUUGGGUCGAAUUUAUGAGCAAAUUCUACAAGGGCGAAGGACAAAUCUUCGUACCGUUCCGUUUCAACCGGAUUCUUGACGAAGAAGAAAGCGAACAGUAGAUUGUGCCGUUCAAGUGUAUAUUUUAUCAUUUGUUGAAUAAUGUUACUAAUUAGAGUAUUUUCGAGAUUUGUGCUGCUUUCAUUACUUUUGCUUUUGGGUCUUUUACUAACGCAUUCUUUCUUGUUCCCAUAGGGUAUGACACGUUUUGUUGUACAAAUAUAAAAUAAUACAUUACAUACCUAGGCUGGGAAGUAAGAUAAAAAAAGGUCGAGAUUUUUAAACAGGGUGUUUGGUAAAUCAAGUGACAUUUGUUUUUUAGUAAUUUGAUGAGUUUUAGUCGGAACAGUAAUGAUAUAAGAGUUACAUUGCAGCGAAGUGUAAAAAAAACGAAGUCUGAGAAAAUCAAGAUUUUUUUGAGCUAAAUAAAUAGUGUCAUUACAACAAAACAUAAGUGAAUGCACAUUGCAAAGUUACAUGAUUUCAUAGAGAGUCAUUUAAAUGUGAUUUCCUUAUUGUUGAUGUGUGUAAUAUUAAUGGCAUCCGUCUAAUUAUUCUAAAUGAAAAAGCAGUAACAUGUAAUUUACAUAUUUUAUACUCUGCAAAAACAAAUUUAUAGCAUGGUUUAUUCUAAACAAUAUUUUUCAAAAAUUAUUAAUAAAUAUUUAUUAACAAAUAACAGAAUUACUACUUAAAAAUUAUAUAAAUAAACUAAAAGCAUCAUGUUCUCUU